AUGAUUAAAUUAUUUUCUAAUACGUCUCAAUGUUUUCUUUUUCUUACUUUUAUUUUUAUUCUUAUAUGUUUUAUACAAUUUCUAUUUAUUGUUCAACUUUUUUCUGAUUCAUCUCCUACGGAGAAAUCUAUUUUAUUACCUCCAUUUUAUACUUCGAAUACAAUAUUUAAUUGUACACAGAAAUUAAAAUGUCCAAAUAAUAUUACACAUUUUUCUAUAUAUAUUGAUAAAAAUAUUCAAUAUCCGAAUGUAUCUUAUAUACGUUCACCUAUUUUUGCAACUAUACUUGAUAUAAUUAGAAAUUCAUCUUAUUAUACGAAUGAUUCAAAAUUAGCUUGUGUACAUAUUGCACCAGUUGAUACUCUUGAUCGAGAUCGUCGAUCAAAAAAAGGUUAUUUUACAUAUUUUAUUGAACAACGUUUGAAAUUUUUUCAUCAAUGGUCAGAUCCGAAUAAAAUUCAUUUGAUAUUCAAUCAUUACACAGGAACUUGGCCUUCUUAUCGACCAACAUUAGAUUUUAUUUUACCAUCAAAAUAUAUUCUUGCUUCAACUAGUUUUACUUAUACUAAUUAUAAUUGUUUAUCACAUAUAACAUUUCCAUUAUUUCAUAGUGAUUAUCCAUCAAACAUUACAAAUAGAUUUUUUUCUUCACGUAAAAUUUUACUUUCAUUUAAAGGUAAAAGUUAUAAAGAUGUUCAACAUCAUCGUACAUUUUUUCAUCAUUUAAAUAAUAAUCAUGAUAUUAUUAUAAAAUAUACUGAUGAUAAAUAUAAUAAUUCUUAUGAUGAAACUGAAUAUAUUAAUCUACUUCGUCAAUCUUAUUUUUGUCUUGUACCUAGUGGACGACGUUUAUAUUCAUAUCGUUUUCUUGAAUCAUUACAAUAUGGUUGUAUACCUGUUAUAACAACAAAUAAUAAUGAAUUAAUUAUUCUUCCAUUUAGUGAAAUAAUUAAUUGGACAAAAUCAAUUAUUAUCUAUUCAAAUGCAUCAUUAAGUCUUUUACCAUAUUAUUUAAAAAAUAUCAAUAUAAAUCAACGAAAUCAAAUGCAAAAUCAAUGUAGAAAUAUAUGGCGAAAAUAUUUUUCAUCUAUAUCACGAAUUAAUAAUAAUAAAAUUAUGACAGAUAUAAUUAUUGAUGAUGAUAUUAUUGAAACAAAUAAACCAACAACAUCAGGUUCGAGUUCGUCAGUAACAACAACCACAACAACUCGUCGACCAAUGUUUAUCGAAACUGAAGUACGUACAGAUUCAAUUACAAAACGACGAGCAGGAUCAACGGCGACAAGUAGAAGUGUUUAUGAUAUACUUAAAGAUACAAAAUCACCUACAGAUGGACUUCCACCGACAACUUAUACUUAUGCUCACAGUGUUUCAUAUAUGCCUGUGACGGAAAAUGGUUCAUUUGAUGUUCCAGUAAUGGCUCGUCGUGAUUUACAUGGUGAUUAUCGUGCAUAUGGAUCAUCAACUUUUUCAUCAACAAAUUCGGUAUUUUCAUCACCGACACGAUUUAUUUCCAAUGUUCGUUCACAAUUAGCUAAUGGAUAUUCAGCUAUUCGUGAUCGUUUAACACAUCAUAGUACUCAAGAACAUCAACAACAACAACAGCAGCAACAAACAGGAACAGAAACACUUCUUAAUUCCCCGACGUCUCAUCGUGCUACAGGACUUUCUCGUACAUCAUCUCAAUCAUCAACUAAUGGUGAAACAAAAGGUUAUAAUCUUCGUCGACGUCCACCUGUUCAUUCAACACCACGUGAUAAUGAAAAUGAACAAAUACAACAACGUAAAGUAACAAGUAAACAACGAAAAGAACGAAAAAGUCAAGAUGAUCAAGAAGAAGAAUAUAAUGAAGAUUAUAAUGAAGAAAAAGAAACUAAAGAUGAAAUAAUUGAUGAACAUAAAGAAAAUGCAUUGAUUAGUUUUGCUAAAAAUCUUCUUUAUCUACCAAUUGCUAUAUUCAAAUUUCUAUGGCAUUUUCUUGGUAGUUUACCAUGGUGGUUACUCAUUCCACUUCUUCUCUUUCUUGGUCUUUAUACUGUUCCUUAUUUGGCAUGUAAAUCAUUGGAACAUUAUCCUGAAUCAAAAGCUUAUCAACAUUGUCGAGAUUUUCAACAAUAUAAGAAUAAACAAUUGGAAAAUUCAUUUAAUAAGAUUCGUGAAAAUACAUAUAUUCGUGGUAGUCAUUAUCUUAAACAAUUUUAUCACUUCUUAAUUGGUAUAAAAGAUUGGAUAGUUAAUUUUUUGGAUGAUGUUUAUUAUGCUAUAAAAAAAAUAUUUCGUCGACAAGUGAGUAAUGUUAAAGGACAUGUUAAUAAUGCUGUUGAAACAACAAAAGAGAAUGCUAAAGAAUAUUGUGAUGCUAGUCUACAAAAAGUUAAUAAUUUAAUUGAAGAAUUUAAACGCGAAAAAGAUAAAUAUCUUGGUAGUCGACAUGCAUUAAAACCUGCUCAAGAAAAAGAAUUAGAAGGUCUUAUUCGACAAUUAGUUGAUGAAUAUGCUGCUGAUGAAACUGGUCAAGCUGAUUAUGCACUUGAAGCUAAUGGUGGAAAAAUUGUUGAUACAAGAUGUACUGAAUAUACUGAUGAACCUCGUCAAAAUGUUGUGAAAUUUCUUGGUAUUCCUAUAGUACAUAUGUCUAAACAGCCAGAUAUUAUGAUAAAAGCCGGUCGAAUGCCUGGUCAAUGUUUCCCAUUUAAAGGUGAUCAAGGAAGUGUUAUUAUUAAAUUAGCUGUACCUGUUAAACCAACUGAAUUUGUACUUGAACAUUUAUCGAAAAGUAUUUCAAUUGUUGGACAUAUUAAUAGUGCACCGAAUAAUUUUACUGUUUAUGUAAGUAAAAAUUUUAAAUAUUACUUAAUGAAAUUAGAACGAUGUAGAUGUUAUAAAUAG